AUGUCUCCCUCAUCGUCAAAGAAAGACACUAAGGUCGUGGUAGUGGGAGGUGCAGGUACGAUCGGAUCCUCCACCGCCCUUCACUUGAUACGAAAUGGUUAUACGCCUUCCAAUAUCACUGUCCUGGAUACGUAUGAGAUCCCAUCUGCUCAAUCGGCAGGAAAUGAUCUGAAUAAGAUCAUGGGUAUUCGUCUAAGGAACCCAGCCGAUAUACAGCUGAGCAUGGAAGCGAGGGAUAUGUGGUUGAACGAUGAAGUGUUCAAGCCCUACUUCCAUAAUACAGGACGACUCGACUGCGGACAUACUCCAGAAGAGAUCGAAUCGCUCAAAGAAGCUUACGAGACUUCUAUCAACGCUGGUGUGGGACUUGAAAAGACGACGGAAUGGUUGGACAGCGAGGAGGAGAUACUGAAGAAAAUGCCUUUGUUAGAUCGGGAGCAGAUCAAGGGCUGGAAAGCUGUGUGGUCAUCGGACGGAGGAUGGCUGGCAGCAGCCAAAGCCAUCAAUAGUAUAGCAGAAGUAUUGAAGAAAGAGGGCGUCAAAUUUGGAUUCGGAGGUGCUGGCUCCUUCAAGGCCCCUCUUUUCGCUGAAGAUGGUACAACGUGUGUUGGCGUAGAGACAGUUGACGGAACAAGGUAUCAUGCGGAUAAAGUGGUGCUGGCUGCUGGAGCUUGGAGUCCCGCUUUGGUAGAUUUGAAGGAUCAAUGUGUGUCAAAGGCCUGGGUCUACGCUCAUAUGCAAUUGACACCGGAAGAAGCAGCAGAAUUCAAGGAUACACCAGUGAUCUACAACGGCGAUUUGGGAUUUUUCUUUGAGCCCAACGAAUACGGUAUCAUCAAAGUCUGUGACGAAUUUCCAGGAUUCACCCGAUUCAAGCAGCAUCAACCCUAUGGAGCUUCGUCACCCAAGAAGGUUUCCGUCCCUCGAUCUCACGCUAAACACCCUACCGAUACCAUCCCAUUAGAAUCAGAAGCCAGUAUAGGUAGAGCCGUGGACGCUUUCUUGCCUAGAUUUAAGAACAAGAAGCGAUUCAACCAAGCUCUUUGUUGGUGUACCGAUACUGCGGAUGCCAAUUUGUUGAUAUGUGAACAUCCUAAAUGGAAGAACUUCAUUUUAGCUACGGGUGAUUCUGGACACUCAUUCAAACUGUUACCCAACAUCGGUAAACACGUCGUUGAGCUCAUCGAAGGUACACUAUCCAAAGAGUUGAAGGAUUCAUGGAAAUGGAGACCUGGAUCAGGAGACGCUUUGAAGUCCAGAAGAGCAGCCGCCGCUAGGGAUCUGGCUGAUCUACCAGGAUGGAAUCACGACGGCGAGACUGAUUCUAUCACUGCGUCGAUCGAUCAACUGAAGUUGUCAAAGGAGGAAACUGCUAAGACGGGUGGUGGCCCAGUGGUAGAGAUAUAA